AUGACUAGCUACGAUCGCGACAUCGUCGUCAACUGCCUCAAGCGGCACUACGAGCUGCUGGUGCGCAUGGGCUACUUGGACGUUUCAGCCAUCGAACUCCCUCCCGCCGCCGGCUGGAGCGACACGGAGCUCCGCGUGGAUGCUCUCCGGGCCAUGGGCCGCUCCGAGACCGUCAUUGAUCUCCUGCGGCACAUCCCCUUCGUCCACGAGAACGAAGAGUCGGACCCCGUCGAGAUUUAUACCGAGACGUUCCCGCUGCGGUAUCUGCGCGACGGGCGGUGGUUCGGCGGCGCCAAUGGGAUUCACGGCGACGGCGCUGAAGUGUUUGCCAACACGGCGCUCUUGGACCUUGGCUUUGCGCCGUUUGAUGGGCCCGUGCCGGCGGACAUGGUCUCGUUGACGCAUGCGGACGAGGGAAUUUGGUGGUUGAUCGAUACGAAUCAAGGAUGCAUCUACCCUUACGGGACCGAGUUCGACAAACGCGAGGAGGACGUUCCCGCAGACAAGCAGUGGCUUGUUGUGGACCCGGUCCCCAUCCAGGCUUACUUUGACAAGAUCUAUGCCCAGGUCGGCAACUUGGAUGUUGUGCCAGCGCCCCGCUCUGGGAAGUGGGAGGCGAGAGUUGUCGAAGGGUAUACCGAGGAAGGCCAGGAGAUCAAGCGACUGUACGUCGAACACGGAUGGCCCAAUGCUUUUCGUAGAGAAGAUUUUGUUCAGGCUGUUGAGAGAACUCGGGCGGCGUUUAUCGAAGCUGGGCUGGGACAAGAUGAUGAUGACGAGGAUGAUGAGAUGACGGGCUAG